AUGUCGUCUUCCGUUUUUCCGGAUGAGUUUCGCUGCUUUCGUCACAUCACGCACAUAUACGCCCGGAACCUGCCACUUCAUCCGAUGGGGGCGACGGUACAGGCGGCGGACGACGGCGGAAUUGCGGGAUCGGCGCUGGACACUCCAACGUUGUGCGAUGGAGCGCGCCUUGGCUGCCGUACGUCACAGGGGCAACGUUGUGUCUCGUCAUAUUUUGUUUUGAGUCUUCCGCCGGGCAAAGUCGGGAAAAUGGCGGCGGAAGGGGGCAACCGCCGCAUCUACACAAGUGAGGUGCGCCGUGAAACCCAGCAGCCGGUGUGGGACCACAUCCCGAAAGAAACCAUUGAGCAAUUCAAGGGAAUUACGCGAUUUGUUUUUUCCUUGUACUAUUGCACAACCCACCCGGAGGAGGCGAUUGCUUCUCCUGAAACAGACUGCCUGUUCUACGAGAUGCUGAUCCAGACUUCCCAUGUACAGUACGUGGCCGCCUCAAUGACGAAGGCAGACUCGUUGCCAAACUUACCGUAUCACGUGGAAAAUAGACCGAACUCCUUUGUAGUGUUGCUCCGCUGUAUGGAUGGUGUUUUUUUCCCAAAGCACCAGGGCGUGCAGAUGGAUGAGGGAGGGGAGGGCAUGGAUUUUAUUAAAACACCGUACUUGCACGAAGACUCGGAUCCCACACGACUCUGCGUGGACGCAGAAGUAAUGCGAGCUCGGGGAAAAAGCAUAAAUGCUCCAAUGGAAAAAAUAACGCUGGGUGACCUUAAAACAUUUGCGACGGCUACGUUAGCAUGGACUUAUCUCAGUGAGUUAGCAGUGGGUCGUCGUGGAGAACGGCAGGCGUAUAUCGAUGACAUGAUGGAUUCGCGUCGUGGGGAGGUUGCUAUCAUGGCGCAGCGUGCGAUGUUGGAGGCUCGUCUCGCCAAGGCCCGUGAAGAUUUAGGAUGCCGCUCAAGUGAAUUACUUGAGUUGCGCAAUCGAUACAAGGAGGAGCAAGAAUCAAUGAUGUUGCAGAUGGCGCAGCUAGAGAAGCUGCGGUCAAGCACAGCACUUGAAGAAGUUCAGCAACAAGAGGCAAAUAAGAUGCUGAAUGAACAGGAGCUCCCUCUUUCCACGCUUCGUGCACAGCUUGGCACUGUCAGGCGAUUGCGGUUUGAAGAAUUGAGGACAAUGUUCCCUAUUCACGUGGAUUUAGCUGGAUUGGCAGACACCAUAUGCGGCCAUUAUCUGCCUGUGAAGGGGAAGGAGGUGGGAGUGACAUCGGACGUGAUGCACGAUUGGGGUCUUGCAUUAGGCGCUGCAGCCCAUCUUGUCGCCACGGCUGCCACAAUUUACGGUUGUUCCCUUCCCCACCCUCUGCUAUUAUGUGGCGGACGUUGUUGUGUGAUGGCCAAGCCGGGUCUUCCCGUCGCUGCUGUUGUGUCUCCAUUCACCGGCCCGAGCGAUGUGAAACUUCCUCUUUACUGCGCACGCACCGCUGACCGCCCGCUUAUGUCUGCAGCGAUGCAGCUGCUUUCAGAAGACGUGGCGGCGCUUGCGAGGGCGAUGGGACACCAUGACAUUGCGGCAAACGCAAGGGACAAUGACGGACGGUUAGCGGUCAUUCUAAAGCAGCUUUUGUUGCUCGUGUAG